AUGGCUCGCUACAACCCCUUCGCCUUCACCCCGGGCCCCGUCAUCUUCUUCACCAGCGCCAUCUACAUUGGUCUCUUUGCUGCUCUGCUCGCCAUUCAUCUGACGGUACCCGCCCAUCCCUCGCAUCCCCCCCACGGCAUCGACCUACCUCAGGCCUGGGCCGACCUCCAGCAAAUCACCCGCCGCUUCCACCCAUACAACAGCCAUGCUAAUGAUCACGUGCGCCAAUACCUUCUCGAGCGCAUCCAAGCCAUCAUCGCCGAGAAGCAUGCAGAGCCUGGCCAGAUUGAAGUGCUCGAUGACCUGACUGCCAACGCCACCUUUUCGUCUGGCACUACUUCUGUCUAUUUUGAGGGAACAAACAUUAUUGUCACCAUCCGCGGCUCCGACGACGACGAGCCCUUUGACGCCGCUGAACGCAGACGCGAUAAUGGCGGCGUUCUUGUCAACGCACAUUACGACUCCGUCAGCUCCGGCUACGGUGCCACCGACGAUGGCGUGGGCGUCGUGACGGUGCUCCAGCUUCUCUCGUACUUUACCGAGUCUCGCAAUUGGCCCAAACGCACCAUAAUCCUUCUGCUCAAUAAUGGUGAAGAGGACUACUUGAACGGCGCUAGGGCUUUCAUGCGCAACCCCAUAUCUCAAGUUCCCCAUACUUUUGUCAACUUGGAGGGUGCUGGUGCCGGCGGCCGAGCGACCCUGUUCCGAAGCACAGAUACCGAAGUAACGCGCUUCUACAAAAGGUCCAAAUAUCCAUUUGCGUCGGUUGUAAGCGGCGAUGGCUUCAAAAAGGGUCUCAUUCGUAGUGAGACUGACUACCGCGUUUUCUAUGGCGAUCUCGGCCUCCGUGGUCUUGACAUUGCCUUCAUGGAGCCCAGAGCACGCUAUCACACGGUCGAGGAUUCAACACGCGAAACAUCUAUCGACUCACUCUGGCACAUGCUAUCCGCCGCUUUGGCCUCGACGGCGGGGCUGGCAUCUGUCACUGGUACCCAGUUCAGCGGACCACAGAGCCUCGACAACGGCAGGGUCAAUGCAGGCAUUGGCAGUGACAGCGUUUGGUUCGACCUUUUCGGCAGGGUUUUUGUCGUAUUCCAGCUCCAUACCUUGUUCGCGCUGUGCGUCACCAUGUUGGUAGUGGCGCCACUUGUGCUCAUCGGCCUUACGGUUGGUUUAUCAAGGGUUGACAAGAACUACUUGUUUGCCCGCAAAGCAUACGUAUACUCGUCGGACGACGACCAUCCCGUGCGCCUCUAUGGUUGGCGAGGUGUUUUUCGAUUUCCCAUCAUCUUUGUCGUUGCCAGUGCCAUUGUGGUUGCUCUGGCCUAUCUGAUUGUCCGAUUCAAUGCCAUGAUCAUCUAUAGCAGCCCAUUCGCUGUCUGGAGUAUGAUGCUAUCUGCUUGGUUCUGCGUCGCCUGGUUCCUGUCGCGUGGAGCAGACGCUAUGCGACCCUCCGCCCUCCACCGCAUGUACGCCCUGAUAUGGCUUUUCAUUGGAUCCUUCAUCGUUCUGACCAUGGUCACGGUUUUCGUCAACAACUACCAGCUUGCUGCGGGCUAUCCCAUGUUCUUCUAUUUUGCCGCCGUUUUCUUCGCCAUUCUUCUCUCGUAUCUCGAGCUCUUCUGUGCGCCGACAAAGUCUGCAUAUGCGCGCCAUGUCGACCAGACGAGCACUUCACGCCGCAAUUCAGAGUCGGCUAGUCGUCCUCUUACAGGCAGUACCAGUGCUGCACGGUCUGAUGAUCGUGCGGUAGGGGACGAUGACGCAACCGAGACUACCUCGUUAUUGCGAGGCGAUCGCCGCGGAUUUGCGAGGUACGGCACCAGGCGCGACUCCACCAGCGAUGGAAGCGAGGAUCAUGGCCACGGCAGCCGGCGGCGAGACGACGGAAGCGUAUAUCCUGGCGAGCAAGAGUGGAGCGGCAAAUUACCCAGUUGGAUCUGGAUCAUCCAACUACUGCUCCUGGCGCCCGUCGUCAUCGUCUUGGUGGGGCAGGUAGCUCUACUUUUGACAUCGGCACUCUAUCAGACGCCAUCUGACGGCAACUCAACCUUGUUCAUAUACCUCGCCAUUGCUUCGCUGAGCGUCCUGCUGCUUACCCCUAUCGGUCCUUUCAUUCAUCGCUUCACCUAUCACAUCCCCACCUUCUUGUUCCUGGUCUGUGCGGGGACUGUCAUUUACAAUCUUGUCGCAUUCCCCUUCAGCAGGGAUCACCGCCUGAAAGUCUACUUUGUUCAACGAGUCAACUGUGAGACUGGAGUCAACACUGUAUCCCUGACUGGGGUGGAUGGCUACGUGCAGCGCAUUGUAGGCGAAAUCCCUAGUGCACAAGCCGCACAGUUCAACUGCACAACGCCUGACGUUGCGACGCGUAAGGAGCUCAAAAAGUGCGAAUGGCACGGGCCACCUGCAGACGUUGUCACCAAGGCAGUCGACGCCGCACCCUUGAGGCAGAAGCCAGACACGGACAAAUGGCUCGAUUAUGAGAUACACAAGGGUAACAGCUCCAGCACAGCAAUGAUACGUGUUGUCGGUCAGAACACGCGUGCAUGCCGCAUCUUGUUCGACUCUCCCAUCACCGAUUUGGCAGUUGCUGGCGCUGUUUCAGAUUCUCGCUUCAAGCGUGUCGGAGCCGCUGGCACCCGGGAAGUGCGGCUUUGGCAUCGUGAAUUUGGUCAACCGUGGAACGUUAAUGUGACAUGGGACGCCAAAGAACAAUCAAAGCUUUCUGGACAGGUGGUGUGCAUGUGGUCGGAUGCCAACGCAGGUGCCAUCCCUGCCUUUGAUGAGGUAAGGCAUUAUCUGCCUACGUGGGCCAUAGCCUCGAAGAUUAGUGACGGGCUGGUCGAGGGCUUUAAGCAGUUCGAAAUUUGAGCUGUCGUCACGAGGCGCUGCAGCGUUGAUCCCUGUCACCGUUUCGAGCCCUUUUGCUGCGAAAUCGUCUUUGGAUGCAUCCCAUCGCGGCGUCAUCGGUCAUUUGUUUCGUUAUGCGCAUGUCCUGAGGAACCAUUCACGUCUUACUCCUUUGCUCGCUGCCCCGUCCUUGCUCCACUCGCCAUAAUUGACUUCUUAAUUCGUCGUAUUUGGCCCUUAUUCAAUGGCUGGCCGCAUAGUAUCUUGGUCAACUUUGUAGGCGAC